UCCAAUCUUCUAGGCCCUCCCCUGAACUUGCCGCAGGUGACAGUAUGACGGUUGCCCGCGGCGAGGAAUCCCCAGAGCGGCUGGGCGGAGCCCUACGGCGCCUCCACUACAGAGCUACACGCCGUGCCCAUUCUGCUGUCGCUCGUCACCACUCAAACACGCCAAAGGUAGUGGUGAUGAGCAGCAGCACAACAUCAGACAAAACCAUAAACACCAGCACAGACUCUGCAGCCACAGCCCUCACAUCCAUCACCGGGACCGAUGACUCCAUGGACGCAGAAGCCGACCCUCCAGAACUCCAAAACCUAAUAGACGACACACCUCCACCUAACCCCCAAGAAAACCCUCCCUCUACGGCACCCCCACAUUACCACAGGGGGCAAGACAGCGGAGAAUUCGACCCCCCAUCUUAUGCUAUUCCCCAGUCAGCCACAGACACCUUGGAUUCACCUAGGCCAGGACCAGCGAGGUUUAUCUUCGAUGUACCUAUACCAGAACCUCAUCAGAAUCACAAGAAACCUGAAAAGCCUCGUAAUAAAACUCAAGUAAGCCAACCGAAUCCCGACCUAACAGCACCCUCUACGUCAAUGCAAUAUGAGAAAAUAGAACCACCAAAAAGUCCAAAAGUUACACAAACAAAAUACGAAACGCACUUCAAUUUUGAACCCGAGACUGUAAGGAGAGGAAGUGAGCCCAGGGUCAAAAAAGACAAGGAAUAUUAUAAGGAUGAAGUGGCGAGGCUGCGGAAGCAAUUAGAGGGGACAGAAGUCUUUACGAGAAGAAGAUCAACCCACCAGCAUUCCGUUCCACCACCAUCGUCAAGGCGACAGUCAACUGCAGCUCAAGUCCACGUUACGGCAAAUCCUUUGGACUCAGCAUCUUCUAUGCCGGCUGGUCGUACCACCAUUGUCGUGCAGCAACCUUCCCUCUCUCUAGACUACGGUGGAUGUUCGACCAUCCUCAUCAGAGACGCAGAAGAUGCGAGGAGGAACAGCAGAGCCUGUGAUCACAUCCAGCAGUUGUUAGACGUUACCAGCCAGUUUACUUCGGAAGAUUUGCACGAGUUCGAUAAAAGGUAUGGCAGUCCACACCACUCAAGAUCCCAGUCAGUCAAAGCAGCCAGGUCACGCACUGGUGAAAGACAACUCCUGGGUCUACCACAACAGAGGGCCAGGGUUGCAUCUAUGCCAAACACUGGUGUCGAGGAGGAAUACUAUCGGUUACGGCAUUUUAGUAUUACAGGUAAGGGAGUGGUGAAUCGUGGAGACUCUCUGCGAUCCAGGAGGUCCAGGUCAAACACAUCGGUAGCAUCCAGCGCCUCCAGUACGGAAGCUGUUACCAGGGCUUCGGCUCCUUGUUCGCUGGCAUCUUCCAGGGACUCGUCUGCUGGUCUCAGUUCAUACCGAGUGGUGGUCGUGGGCGGGCCGGGCGUAGGAAAAUCAAGCCUUGUGGGACAGUUCAUGACCUCGGAGUAUUUACACGCCUACGACACUAGUAUAGAUGACGAGUCAGGCGAGAAGUCAGUAUGUGUGCUACUAGCGGGAGAAGAGUCGGAGAUCACAUUCUUGGACUCACCACCAGAUAAUCUUAUUUCCGAGGGACAGGCACAUGGCUACUGCGUAGUCUAUUCGACGGCGGAUCGAGCCAGCUUUGCUGAAGCGGAACGGCGUCUCCAAGUGUUAUGGGCGGCGGGACAUACGGCACGCCGGGCUGUGAUACUAGUCGGGAAUAAGGCGGACCUGGCGCGCUCGCGGGCUGUGCCCACAGAUGAGGGAAAAUCUCUAGCGACGUCAUACGAGUGCAAGUUCAUAGAGACAUCUGUGGGCAUCAACCACAAUGUGGAUGAGUUACUAGUGGGUCUGCUCACUCAGAUCCGUUUGAAACAGCAACACGCCGAACGUGUCAGAAAGCGAAGCAGUUCCCGCAAGAACAGGAGCCGCGCUCGCUCCCCUCUUGAAGAUGUUACUGCCCCCGCCGCUGCUCCCUCGUCCGCUUCCAGCACGCCACGGAAACGAACUCGCCUAUCUGCCAGUGUUAAGGUCCGUGGUCUCCUUGGUCGAGUAUGGGCGCGCGACUCAAAAUCAAAAUCAUGCGAGAAUCUCCACGUACUCUAGCAUUCGGUUGCCGAGCCUGUCGCUUGUUUCCCCUUCUUUGACUGCGCUGUCACUUACUCUUAGGGAAAUGCCCCCUAGCGUGACCUCUAUUUGACCAAUAGCACACCGUAGCGACCUCUAAAAUUAUCAUUUACCUUUACAUAUGUAUUUUAAAAAAUACUAGCUGUGUGUCUAUUCCUCAGUUAUAUACAUGUAGUUUAUCGAGAUAAUAUAAAGUCAUAUUUCGUAUUAAAAAUGGACAGCUUAUAGUAAGUUUCUAAUAUUUCGAAUUAUUUUAAGUCCAUUAAAUUGGUGAUUUGACUUAAAAAUAUUAAUUAACGUCCAAAAUGACUUAAGCGUCCAUAUUGUAUUUUCUUUACAAAUGCAAUAACUUUUAUUUAGAGUAGAUUUUUUAAUUAGUUCAUUUAAUUUAUAUAAUAUAAGUCAGAAGGAGGAAUCACGCUGUAUUCUUGGGGGAAGACGGGCCGGUGAGAGAUGAAUUUCAAAUUUUGUAUCGUUAGUGAACGCCAUCUAGUUACGAAUUUUGGUACUAUGCAAGUGUCGUUCGUACUUUGCGCGUUCACACAUAUGAUUUGGCAUAUAUUUAUAUGUUACAUGAACGUUUAAGCUGUAAGUACGCAUACGCAGCAGCCCGAAACAAAUUGCAACAGAUUUCUUAUUGUCAAUCAAUUUGAGAUUUAAAUAAGAGUGACACAAAUUUGCAUGCUAACAUUUUUAGCGAAAUAUUGUCAUAAGGCGUGGAUGCAUCCAAUAUGGCGGCUGGCAUCUAUGGGGAUAUUGUUAUUAAAAAUGAAAUUCACAAUUCCUAGUUUGAAAAAUACAGAUGCGUUCGUUUUGGUUGCCUCAUUCGUCGUCACCAUAGGCAACAAAUUUA